AUGGCGGACCACUGGAGGACUCCCGCGAUAGUUGUGUGGUGGCAUUAUUUACGUUUGUCUGUAUUAUUACUAAUUACUUCUUCAGUGUUUAAAUAUACAGCUGCUUCGGUGGAAGGGCAAGAUGAUUUAUUCCGUGCGGGGAAUUCAGUGCUCAUGUCAGCUGCUGCUACAGCACGGGAUGUACGAUACCUGCUGUAUGACGUGAACCCUCCCGAAGGUUUUAAUCUGCGCCGGGACGUGUACAUUCGUAUGGCCACCCUGGUCAAGACCCUAAGAAAGCAGGGUGAUUGGGUGCUGGUGCUGCCCCCCUGGGGUCGUUUGUACCACUGGCAGAGCCCAGACAUCCACCAAGUACGCAUUCCAUGGGGAGAGUUUUUCAGUAUAACCAGCCUACAAGCCAAUGUGCCUGUCAUAGAAUAUGAAGAGUUUAUUGCUGAGUCUGGUGGACCCUUCAUCGAUCAGGUCCUGGUACUGCAGAACUAUGCAGAAGGAUGGACAGACGGGAAAUGGGAGGAGAAGGUGGAUGAACGGCCCUGUAUUGAACGCCUCAUGUAUUCGAAAGACAAACAAGGUUACUACAGGGGCUGGUUCUGGGGGUAUGAGGAGACAAGAGCCCUGAACGUGACCUGUGUGUCUGCUCAGGGCCAUGCCUCCAUUUUAGCUCCUUACCUACAGCAAAACGCCACAGCAGUGUCGGUGAUGCUGGACAGAGCUGAAACUGUCCUUCACGAUCACUAUGCAGGAAAAGAUUACUGGGAUACACGGCGUAGCAUGGUGUUUGCUAAACACCUGCGCAUCAUUGGUGAUCAGUUCAGAGCCACAUACUUGAAUUCAACUGAUGAACAGGAUCAGACUCCAUAUAAUGAAGACUGGACACGAAUGAAGGCGAGGUUGGGCAGCGCUAAGGGGGGCCCCUAUCUGGGGGUCCACCUCCGCAGGAAAGACUUCAUCUGGGGUCACCGAGAGGACGUGCCCAGCCUCAAAGGGGCGGUCAAGAAGGUCCGAAGCCUCAUGAAGAAGCACAAGCUAGAGAAAGUCUUUGUGGCCACUGAUGCUGAUGAAGAAGAGCUGGGCAAACUGAAGGAGAUGCUGCCAGAGAUGGUGAGGUAUGAGCCUACAGGGGAAGACCUGGAACUGCUGAAAGACGGCGGGGUCGCCAUCAUCGACCAGUGGAUCUGUGCCCAUGCAAGGUAUUUCAUUGGGACUUCUGUUUCAACCUUCUCUUUUCGCAUCCAUGAAGAACGAGAGAUCCUAGGCUUUGACCCCAAGACUACAUACAAUCGUUUUUGUGGUGACAGUGAGAAAGAGUGUGAACAACCUACACACUGGAAAAUAGUCUACUGAGCAUCCUUAUUCUACAAGACUAAAGUGCCAAACAGUGUUAAACAGAGUUUGUUCUCUCUCUCUCUCUCUCUUUUUAAAUUAAAAAGUUUAUUUACUCAUAUUCAAUAUGUGCCAUGAGAAUGACAAACAGAAUUACAUGAAGAACUUGAAGACUUGUCAGGAAAAGCAGGUUCCAUUUCAGCCAGACAACUGACCCUGUGGUAUCU